CUUACACCAAAAAAUAUACCCCAUUUGUACACCACAGGUUUGCACAAACAUUUCGAUGGUUUACACCGACACAAGUGUUGGUGCGUUAAUAAAAAUUCACACGGACACAAAUGUUGUAAUUGAUCUCUUUUUUCUUUCUCCUCCAUUGUUAAAGCAUUUCUUCUCCCCAGCUAAAGCAAAGACUGAAGACCCUUAAAAGCACUGAUACUUGUGACUUGAAAGUACCAUCUUUUCUGGCUGCUUUUAUCCAUCACUUUUGAACAGGUCCAGAGGUUUGCCUGGUGGGUUUCUUUCUCUAUGCACCUUUGCUUUGUUUUUUACCAUCUGGGACUUUGUGGGGUUCUGAAACCCUGUCCUGGUAGGGUUCCCCUCCUACAAAGAAGUGGUGGGUCUUUGUCCAAGAUCUGAGUGCCUCCAUUGACCCUUUUUCUUUUGCAUCUCUUCUUGAUCAUCUAAUUGUUUCUAUGCUCUCAUCUCUGUUCCAUGGCGGUUUGCUUUAGAGAAACUGCAUUCUGAUUUUUGUGUACCUGUUGAUUGUGUGUGUGUAUUAUUACUGUAUCUAGCUAGUUAUUCAAGGAUCUCAUCAAUUCCUUGAGCAAAGAUCGAAUUUUUAAGGCUUGCUUCAGUCCUAGAUGGAGCCAAGCUCUGGAGCUUAAAGAUGUGCUUGGGAGGGAACCAGCUAGUCAGUCAUUCCAUCUGGUUUUGUUCCAAUGGCUUCACAAAUCUCUAGUUUAGACAAUCUGAGUUCCAAAGAGUUUCUUGGUCGGGUUCAAGAAGUUUCGACGCAGCUUAAGGCGGUCACCAGGAAGCCACACAACACCCAACAGAAGGAAGACGCUGAUUGUCUCGCCGAAACCUUGGAUUCGAGCCUGUCAUUAACUAAAAAUGCUAUUGGACAUGGCAAGAAAAUGAGCGAGCACGCGGAGUUCAUGGAGAGUGGGAAGAGCAGCAUGUAUAGGGGGAGCACAAGCACGGACAUGAGUGACGAAAGCACCUGUAGCACCUUGAGCAGCAGUGUCAACAAACCUCACAAGGCAAACGACUCAAGAUGGGAGGCCAUCCAAGCUGUGAGAGCCAGAGACGGCGGCGUCUUGGACCUGAGGCAUUUCCGGCUGCUCAAGAAGUUGGGGAGCGGCGACAUUGGGAGCGUGCAUCUCUCGGAGCUGUGUGGGACCAAGUGUUACUUUGCCAUCAAAGUUAUGGACAAAGCUUCGCUCGCCAGCCGCAAGAAACUGAUUCGCUCCCAAACGGAAAGAGAGAUUUUGCAGUCUUUGGACCACCCGUUCCUUCCAAGCUUGUAUACCCAUUUUGAGACCGAAAGGUUUUCUUGUCUCGUGAUGGAGUUUUGUCCCGGCGGUGACUUGCACAUGCUCCGGCAGAGGCAACCCGGAAAGCAUUUUUCCGAGCAAGCCGUCAAGUUCUAUGUAGCAGAGGUCCUUCUAGCUUUGGAGUAUCUCCACAUGCUCGGCAUUGUCUACCGCGACCUCAAGCCGGAAAACGUGCUCGUGAGGGAGGACGGGCACAUAAUGCUCUCCGACUUCGACCUCUCCCUUCGGUGCGCGGUCAGUCCGACGCUGGUCAAGUCUUCGUCUUCCCUCGACGCGGACCCGCUCAAGAGGAACUCUCCCUAUUGCGUCCAACCCGCGUGCAUCGAGCCCUCCUCGUGCAUCAUCCAACCUUCGUGUGCGGUCCCCACGACGUGUUUUGGGCCCCGCUUUUUCUCGGGCAGCAAGUCGAAGAAAGAGCGGAAGCCCAAGAACGAGGCGGGCAACCAAGUGAGCCCGUUGCCGGAGCUGAUUGCCGAGCCAACGGGGGCACGGUCCAUGUCGUUUGUCGGGACCCACGAGUACCUAGCGCCCGAAAUCAUUAAGGGCGAAGGGCACGGCAGCGCCGUGGACUGGUGGACUUUCGGGAUCUUUCUGUACGAGCUGUUGUUCGGGAAGACGCCUUUCAGGGGACCCGACAACCGGGCCACCCUAUACAAUGUCGUGGGCCAGCCUCUGCGAUUCCCGGAGUCGCCCGUGGUCAGUUUUUCGGCCCGAGAUCUAAUCCGAGGCUUGCUCGUCAAGGAACCGCAGGGCCGGCUGGCAUUCAAAAGGGGAGCCACGGAGAUCAAGCAACAUCCGUUUUUCGAAGGCGUUAAUUGGGCUUUAAUCCGUUGCGCGAGCCCGCCGGAGGUCCCCAGGCCGGUCGAUUACGAGAGAAUCGAAGCUCCACCGCCGCCGCCCUCAACCGCCAAGAAUGUUGCCGGAGGAGCUCCCCUGCAUCGCCAUCAUCAUCAUCAACCUUCCGACAACUAUCUUGAGUUCGAUUUCUUCUAAGUUUGCUCAUCUACAUACAUCGCCCAAACUUGGUUGUUUAAAAAAGAAGAAAAGAAUAUUGUUUGAAUUGGAUGUGUGAAAAUGCUGGCCUGGUGGUCAAUGAUCAUAUUGUCUUGUUCAUGUUAUUGUUAAACGGUUCAGUUUUGUUGUAUUGCAAACACUCUCAGAAGCGCUUAUGGCGUCGUUCCAAAAUGUCAAGUUUUUUAGAGUCUCCUUUGAAGUGUAGAGCGAUUGCCAUCUGUUGUCUGUCAUGG